AUGUCAGCAGGAUUUAAAAGACCAAGGGAAGAGACGGAUGAGCUGGACACCGUGGACUUUUCAAGCUCACGUGCAGGUUCAGAAGCAUUAUCCUUCUCAAAGCGAGCCAAAAGUUUGACAUUGAGCUUGAAUGGAAUGACAAUCAAGCAAAGCGAAAGUCAGACUCCUCAAUUGAGUGAAAGAUUACAUUGCGAUAAUGAGCAGGAGACUGCAAGAGAUUCUCAUUCACAAACAACUAGAAAUUCCACUCCUGCUGCUCAACGCGCUCGAAGCCUUACAUUCGGUUUUAACGAUUUAUCGAUAAAGCAAGAGGAAAGCAUGUUAGUCGAUAGUGACAAUGGUUACCAAGGGCCAGAUGCGAUAGCGAGAUGUGACGGGGAACAAUAUGCUGAAAGGAAAACUGCGGGUAUUAUUGAACGAGUAAAGAUGGUCAACUUCAUGUGUCAUGAAAACCUAACAGUGGAUCUAGGACCACGACUGAACCUUAUCAUCGGUCACAAUGGCAGCGGGAAAAGUGCGGUACUGACUGCAAUCGUGAUUGCUUUAGGUGCCAAUGCCACUUCAACAUCUAGAGCAAAUUCUCUUAAGUCUUUUAUCAAAGAGGGAAAAUCUCAGGCUGUUAUUGAGAUUACAAUCACAAACAAAGGCGUAGACGCAUUUCAGGGAGAUGUCUUUGGUGAAGCAAUUAUUGUUGAGCGUAUUAUCAAAGCAGAAGGAGGAGUAACAUGGAAGCUUAAGAAUGACAAUGGUAAAACAGUAUCUAUAAAACGAGAAGAAGUUGACAAAAUGUGCGAACACUUUUGUAUUCAGGUGGACAAUCCUUUACACGUUCUCAACCAGGAUACUGCCCGCAAGUUUCUCACUAGCGCUGGUCCUAAACAAUUAUACGAAUUCUUUAUCAAGGGUACGCAAUUGAAGCAACUUUCAGAUGACUACAAUCUUAUCAAACUUUAUAUCGAUCGUAUUAUCGUGUUACUACGUCAAAAGAAGGAAGAAUUAGAAAGUCUGAAAGCAAAGCUAGCAAGUGACAAAGAAACGUAUAAAACGCUCGAGGCUGCUUUAAGUAUAAAGAACGAGCUACAGCAGCUAAACAAUGAAUUCGUGUGGUCACAAGUACGAGAUAGUGAGAAAGAGUUGAGUGAUGCUGCGCUUAGUCUGGAACGCAGUAAGCUUGAACACAAUACCCUCGAAGCCGAUUCAGCAGAGUGUUCAAGGGAUCUAGCCGAUUGCGAAGAAGAGAAAGAAACGUUACAACAAGAAAGUACUGAGCUAGAUUAUGAGAAGAAAAAAUUGCAAAUUGAGCUUGGAGAAGUAGAACAAGAAAUUCGUUCUAUCAGAAGUGAUUCCAACAAAAUUGACCAAUCUUCACAAAUGCUUGAACAGCAAUAUGAGCAAAUUGAAUCGCAUAUUAAAGAUACAGCUGAACGUAUUGAAAAAGAAGAAAGAGACUCUGCCGGGACACCUGAUUCAAGGAGAAACGCACAGCUCGAUCGACACGAACAAGUGAAAAGAGAAUAUGAAAGUAUCAGAAACCAAAUUACGGAAGCAGAAAAUCGUCUUGAAAAUAUUGAAGAAGCUGUGAUGUUAAAUCAACAAAAAAAGAAAGAUUCAGACAUUCGCCACGGUGACUUUUCGGAAAAGUUAAAGGAUCUUACGUCACAAAUCCAAGAAUUAAAAAGCGCAAAGUUUAAUCGUUUUUCGGUAUAUGGCCGCGGCAUUACGCAAUUGGUAGACCUGGUCAACGCUGAAAAAAGAUGGCAUGCUAAGCCUAUUGGUCCUAUUGGUCUAUAUAUCAAGAUAAUUGAUGAAUACAAGGAAUGGUCACCCGUGUUAGAAAGUGUUCUUGGUCAACAUCUCAAUGCUUUUUGCGUUACCAAUCCUGACGAUAAAGAUCUCUUAAUGAAAUUUAAAGAUCAAGCUCAAUGCACAAAUCUUACAAUCAUUACUGGAUCGGAUGAACUGUUUGAUUACUCUUCCGGAGAGCCAGAAGGCAGUAUUCUUACUAUUUUACGAGUGCUGGACAUCAAAGAUGAGUUCAUUAAACGUCAAUUGAUCAAUAUGGAGCAUAUCGAGCGAUUUGCUUUAAUAAGAAGGCGGGUAGAGGGUGAUAAUCUUCUACGAGAACGGCCGAAAAACGUGAAAUUGGCAUAUUCCCUUGAUCUCUUCUGUGUCAAAUCAAGUAAAGCAGGUAGUAGCUCAACGACGCUUAUGCCUUUCAGAGGGCCACCACGUCUUUCAACUGAUAUAGACGAACAAUUAAACAAAGCCAUUCAUCGAGAAUCUGAGCAGAAACUUGAACUAGAAGAUAUAACACAGAUCAAACAGAAGAUUGAAAAAAGACUAUAUCAGCUGCAAAAAGAUGAUCAUGAAGCACGUGGCCAACUCAAGGAGCUGAAGAAGCAAUUGUUACGUAAACGCAACGAAGAAGAAUGGAUUAGCACUGAUUUACAGCAAGAUCAAUCGAUAAAUAUUACUGUAUUAAGGGAAACACAAAUCGAAUACGAAAAGUCUCGCGACGACCUUUCCAAGCAGUUACAAGAGUACCGUACGAGGAAGAAUACCUUUGAGGAGGAGUUCAAGCGCUUAAUCGAGAAAAAGGAAGAUACCAUUCGCCUUCGCAGGACUAAAGAAGCAGAACAAGACGAACGUAUAGCUGCAUCGCAGUCUGUAAAUCAGAGAAAGGUAGAACUAGACGGUAAGUCAGCCAUACUGAAGAGAAAGCUAGCAGUAAAAACCGCAGAAGUGGAAGAAAAAGAUCUAAGAUUACGCCUCCUUCAAAACAAUUACAAGAAAAUCCUAAAUGAUGCAAAAGAAUACUGCGAUGAAAUUCCUUCACGAAGAAAGGAAGGCACAGAUGAGAUUUUGACGACGACGGAAUAUCAAGCCUUGAUUGAUAAAACAAAAGCAGAGCUAAAUCGUAUACCUUCACAAUCUGGUACAGAUGUAGAAGCUCUCGUACGUCAAGUGAAAAGCAAAGAGGCUGCUUAUGUCAAAGCAGUAGAAGAAACGAAGGAUUUCAAAGCUUUUACGGAAGUGCUAAGACAGGCUUUACGUGCUCGUGUGAGAAAAUGGUUUUGGUUUCGACAGCACUUGACUUUGAAGGCUAAAGUUUUGUUUCAAGUCUAUCUGAGAAAGCGUAACUUCGAAGGAAAGCUUGACUUUGAUCAUUCAAAAGAAGAGCUUCGUCUGAGGUUCUAUAAAAUAGACACUGCAAUGGUCGCCGAAGAUGGUCAUAAAGAUGCGCAAAUGUUGUCAGGAGGUGAGAAAUCGUUCAGUACAAUUUGCUUUCUGCUUUCACUUUGGGAAACCAUUGGAAGUCCGCUUCGUUGUUUGGACGAAUAUGAUGUUUUUAUGGACGCCGUUAAUCGUCGAAUAUCCACCAAUUUACUCGCCGAAGCAGCGAAAGCGGAUGCUAGCCAGCAAUAUAUACUUUUAUCGCCAAGUUGUGCUCAAGAUACUGCAUUUGGCGAUGAAGUUCUCAUUCACCGCUUGAAAGAUCCAAUUAAAGAUAACAACACAACUUAA